GAGAAGAGGGGACAGGACUUUGUGUAACAGGAGCAACCGUGUUAGCCACAUCACACAAAAAUGCCAGGCAUGCAAGGCAAUACGGAAUGGCUGGACAGAGCCAGGAGCCUCUAGGUCUCAGCCAGAAUGCUGCUAUGUGGUGCCUAAGAGUUUUCUGAUACCCUCAAAAGCCCCAAAUAGGAAUCCUGCAAUUAAUGCAUCUAACUCCUCCUUUACUGCAGUCUCCUCUCCUAUUGGUAAAAGGUCUUCCCAGGCUCAUGUGGGGAUCCCACCCCUUUUGUGGGUUUUCAUUCUGAAGCUAUCCACAACUUCACACCUGAAUGAAUGCCAAGCCUCUCUCAAUAUAUAAAGGAAACCUUCAAGCGCAAUUUCAGAGCUACCCAGAAGAAGCAGAAGAAAAACUAUUUCAUCCAUCCCUGUCAGGCAGAGCCUGAACUAACCAUGCUUCUCCCUGCUGUUCACUUCUAUGGCUUUCUCCUAGCUUGCAUCUUCACGAAAAGCUACUUGGCUUUCAAGAACGAUGCCACGGAGAUACUUUAUUCGCACGUUGUUAAACCUGCUGCAGCGAGCCCAAGCAGCAACAGCACGUUGAAUCAAGCCAGGAAUGGAGGCAGGCACUACACCAGCACUGGAUCUGACCGUAACAAUCGUGUUCAAGUUGGCUGUCGAGAACUGAGAUCCACCAAGUACAUUUCUGAUGGCCAGUGCACCAGCAUCAACCCGCUGAAGGAGCUGGUGUGUGCCGGUGAAUGCCUCCCUUUGCCACUGCUUCCCAACUGGAUUGGAGGAGGUUAUGGAACCAAGUACUGGAGCAGGCGGAGUUCGCAAGAGUGGAGAUGUGUCAAUGACAAAACUCGCACCCAGAGGAUCCAGCUUCAGUGCCAGGACGGAAGUAUAAGAACCUACAAAAUAACUGUGGUCACGGCCUGCAAGUGCAAGCGAUACACCAGGCAGCACAAUGAGUCCAGCCACAAUUUUGAGGGAACCUCUCAAGCAAAACCUAUCCAGCAUCACAAAGAGCGGAAAAGAGCCAGUAAAUCCAGCAAACAUAGUACAAGUUAGAAGUCAGAUGUUCUCUACUCACUCAUCUCCCUCUCCUUGUGCCAAAAUUGAACUCACCUGUAGCCAUUUGCUUUAUCAUUCUGACUGCUUAAAGACAAGUCUGCCAUUGCUGUGUUCUCAGCUGACACUACAUGCUUAUUGCUUUGACCAAAACCAGAAGGGCAUUCUCAGAAUAUGGACCUUUUAGGUGAUUUUCCAAAUGCUCAAGAUGGCAAACAACACAAGCCUUCCAAACCCACACAAUGAACUUUUAUGUUUUCUCCAGCCAUGGAGGCAAAGAAAAUUUGCCAUGAAUAUUCACUGAAGUGUAUUUUGUAAAAAGAUGCUUUGUUGUGUGUUUUCAUGAGAACAGUUAUCUGUCUAUUGCCUUCUAUAUUGUGUUUUCAUGAGAACAGUUAUCUGUCUAUUGCCUUCUAUAUCAUGUUUUAUGAACUUCUGAAAACAGCUUAAAAAUACAACACCUAGCACCUGCUUUCAGAUUCAUUCUGAACAAAAAUGCCUUGCAUGCUGACCUUUCUCUUAUCUCAGUAUACCAAAAAUUAAAAUAUGCAUGGCAGCAAUCAAAAAGUAAAGCUGAACAAACUAUUUAUUUGUUGUUUUAAUUAUUUAAUGAGCUUUUAUGUGUGUUAUUUCCCUCCAGAAUGUUCUUAUGUUUAUAGCUUUUCUCAUGUAUCAAAGUAUUUUUCUAUGAUUUGUGGCUGGAUUAGAACAUACGUUUUGUAGAUAAUGUAAAAUAGACAUUUUAGCAUUCUUGGUAUAUAUAUUUCCAUUUUGAACAUUCAUAGACUUAGGUGUUAUUUUGAAGUAGCAACAUGAAAAUGGUUGGCUUGUUUUUUCUUUUUCACUCUACACUCUGUUAUUUUGUUUACAAGUGUGCAAUCAAAGACAGAUCUGGUGACUUCCUGUCAAAUCCAUUGUGUUAUUUUUCUUUACAAAAAUAAACACUGCUAAAACCUG